GUAGUGCGGGAGCGGGAGCGGGCGCGGGGCGAUGGAGGCGGCGGUGCUGCAGCCGCAGGCCAUGGCGGAGGCGGGCAAGCGCCCGGCGGGGCCCGACGCGGAGCUGGAGGUGAAGAAGCUGCAGGAGCUGGUCCGCAAGCUGGAGCGCCAGAACGAGCAGCUGCGGAGCCGCGCCGCCGCCCCCGCCGCCCCCGCCGCCCCCAACCCGCACCUGCCGCCCGCGCGACCGCCCGCCGCCGCCCCGCCGCCGCCCCCGCCCUUCGUCUACUUCACCCCGUCGCCCGCCGGAUUCGCACCCGCUCCCGCCGACCCCGCCGACGCCGGGCCCGGCCUGCUGGACGGCGUGGAGCUGCUGGACCUGGAGGCGGGAGGCUGCAGCCUAAACCAGGACGACGACACGUGGUUAUACGUGUCACCUUCCAAGACUCCUACUCCACGAGAGAAAUCCCUGAGUCCUCUUCAGUGGUGUAGACAUGUUCUGGAUCACCCGAGUCCCGAAAUCGAUGCUGCAAAGCGUUCCCUGUGCUUUAGAUUGGAACAAGGUUUUCCAUCCAGGGGGUCCCCCCUCAGCCACCAGUCAUCUAUAGACAGCGAGCUAAGCACCUCAGAACUGGAGGACGAUUCCAUCUCCAUGGGGUAUAAACUACAGGACCUCACCGACGUUCAGAUCAUGGCUCGUCUGCAGGAAGAGAGUCUCAGACAAGACUACGCUUCGGUGUCCGCCUCGGUUUCAAGACACAGUUCAAGUGCAUCUUUGAACGCAGGAAAGAAAGGGACGUGCCAUGAUCAGGAAUACGAUCGCUACAGUCUGGAGGAUGAAGAAGAGUUUGACCACCUCCCCCCUCCUCAGCCUCGUCUUCCUCGUUGCUCACCUUUCCAGCGAGGCAUUCCGCACUCUCAGACUUUUUCUAGCAUUCGGGAGUGUAGAAAGAGCCCCAGCACGCAGUAUUUUCCUUCAAACAAUUACCAGCAGCAACAGUAUUUUUCACCUCAAGCCCAGACUCCGGAUCAGCAACCGAACAGGACAAACGGAGAUAAACUCCGGAGAAGUAUGCCUAACCUGGCUCGGAUGCCAAGCACGGCUACCAUUAGUAGCAAUAUUGGUUCUCCGGCUACUGUACGAAACAGUCAGAGUUUUGACUCCAGUUUGCACGGAGCCGGUAAUGGAAUUUCAAGGAUCCAAUCCUGCAUUCCCGCCCCAGGACAGCUGCAGCAUCGAGUCCACAGCCUGGGACACUUUCCGGCCUCGAGCCGGCAGCCCCUGAAAGCCACCGCCUACGUGAGUCCGACGGUCCAAGGCAGCGGCGGCGGUCCCUCGUCCGGUGGCCCGCAGCCGUACUCCAGCAGCGGAAUCCCCGCCCCCACCAAGAUGGCGGCCCCCGGACUGAUGGGGCGCAGCGGCCUGCCCAGGCCAUCUUUGGCCGGCGGUGGGAGUAACCUACCCCGGAGCAAAAUUGCACAACCUGUGCGCAGUUUUCUCCAGCCGCCAAAGCCUCUGUCUUCUCUCAGCGCUCUCCGAGAUGGAAGUUGGAGAGACGGUUGCUAUUGACACAGCGGGACCUCCGGAAAUUUGGGAGAGGAGGGGAAACGGGGAUCGCUGCCCAGCGGGCUGGGUGACCGUAGAAUGAGUGUUAGAAGAGCAUUCUUUCCUUUGGGUGUUGAAUAUAUGCACAGUGCAGUCUUAUUUUCCAAGCGGACCCGGCACCAGAGACUGAAAUCUUGCGCUUGAAUAUCGGCCUGAAAUCCUGCGGUGUUCUCCAGUCCGUGGCUGCGGUAUGAUGAUAUUUAGGACGUUUUUCUAGAACUGCCAUGUACAUGAAAUAAUUUUUUGAGAGAAUUCAGAUGUGUGGAUGUAAAUAAUGCUCUGCCAUAUCAAUUUUUAAGGCAACUUAAAUAUACUUACACAUUCUAAACACCUUUUCCUUUCCACGUACUGUACGAAUUUUAAUUCGUUUCCCAUUUGUGAAUGGGACCUUUAACAUGUGCUCUGAAUUUUUUUAACAGUUUACAGGAUUCUUAUUUUUUUUGGUACCGUUUCCUCGUGCACCACUCGGAACCACUAAAAAGAUUUACAUUUUUGGUGCCGUACAAAUAUUUUUGUGUUAAGGUACUAUUUUUUUAAGCACUGGAGAUAGAGCGACCCUCCUCCGCCCCUCCCCCCAAGAAAAACUCUACAUCGUUUUAUUUGAGAAAUAUAACUUCGUUGGAUAGGCACAAAACAGAUCAAGAACCUGAGAAAUCCACGCAGCGGAAUCUUAAUGAUUUGUCUGUCUUUCAUUUUUUUGUGUUAAUUUAUUUGUUCUGCGUUUUGUAUUUAUACUAUCACAGACACAUUGCACUUAAAAGUUGCAAUGUUUGCUAAACUAUGGGUGGUGUUCGAUACUUUAUUACAAAGUAUAAAACUGUAAAGUUUUUAUUAACAAUUGCUUCUGGAAAUUGAAUGCGUUUUCAUGCGAAUAAAUCUUUUUGAUAGACCUUUUGCAAAACCCAAUUGCACUAAUGAAUGCUUUCUUAUGACCUAUGACUUAAUAUUUGUUAGAACUGUGUAUACUGCUGUUUUUGAAUGUUUCAGAAAUAAAGAAAAAAUCUAUUUCAGCAA